AUGGAUUCGUUCAACAUCGGUUCGUCACCACGCCGCCUCGAAACCGAUCCUUUCGCGCGUCUCUCUAACGAUCUCGUCUCUCACAUACUUGCUCUCGUCGCCUCCAACGGAUUUAGUUUCCACCCCAAACCGUGCCUCACAACCGACGCUGCUACUUCUGACGCCGCCACUACCGCCGCCGCCGCCGCUGUCGCCGUUUGUGCCGCUGCGGAGGCUAAUGCCGGUGGAGACGUGAGUGAUGGUGCCGGCAACAACGAGGACGACGAUGGUCUUGGCGAAAAGAGCGAGGACGAAAUGUUCGAGUUCAUCGAGCGGGCAGUGAAGAAACCGUGCGCGCGUUUCGUACGCGUUGUUGAGCUCACCACCGCCAUAGCUCUCGAGGCCGCAACGACCGCCGCCAACUACGAUCGAACCAUGACAGUCCCUAUCGACCAGGACAAACCGAACUCACCGUCAGCUGCACAUAUCCUCGCCUCCGCCUUUCUGCCCCCCCCUUCCGGAGCCCGCACGACCUCCACGCUCCUUCCGCCUCCGCUUCCCUGUCCGCUUCCGCCUCCGCCAUUCACCGUGUUCCACCACGCACUCGUGUGCAAGCGCUGGCUCCGGUUGGCGCGCUUCAGCCUCCCCGCCAUCCUCCUGCAAGCCUACCGCCGCCUUUCCACCCAAACCUUCCGCUCCUUCCUCUCCUCCCCACCUCCUCCUUCCCCCUCAUCUCCUCCCCUACCCCUCUCCCUCUCCCUCGCCACUCCCACUCCCGCCUCCGCCUCCGCCGUUUCCCACUCCUUUCCCCUCCACUCCCCGCUCACCCUGCAGCACCUGCACAUCGGCCCAUCGGCGCUAGACGCCAUAACAGACGAUCUCCUUUUCUCCAUCGCCACGGGGUGCGCGCGCUCCCUCACGCACAUGUCGCUGUACCGCCACAGGAACCUGCGCUCCUGGCAGCGGGAACUCCGUGUUGAAUACCCUGACGACGCCGUCGCGACAGUAACAGAGCCCGCCGUUACCGCGCUUUUCGCCGCCUGCCGCCGCCUGGUCAGCCUGAAACUCACACUGCCCCUGUGCCUGCCCGAGCUGCCCACUUCCGUGAGCCUCCUGCAGCGGCUGACGAGGCUGGAAGUUUCGUGCGGCCAGCUCGAUUAUUUUUCCAGGGCGGUCGAUGAUGGUGAUGAUGAUGCCGCUGCGGCGUCAGAGCCCGAGGCGCGGUUCCCCGAGGGCGUUGGUUCGCUGACCGCAAAGCUGCCCUCGCUGCAAGAACUGACCAUCAAGUCCUGCUCUUCCUUAUCCGCCCUCCUGCCCUCGUUCUCCGCCCUCUCCUCCCUCACUGCGCUCACCGUUUAUCACUGCACUGCCCUCGCCUCGUUACCGGAGGAUAUCGGUGACGUUCCCCGCCUCGCAUCCCUCGUUCUCGACAAGCUUAGCUCCCUUACGGCUAUUCCGGACUCUCUCGUUCUCCUCUCCUCCCUAACGUACCUUCACGCGGCGGGGAGUAUGGUUCUAGCGUCACUGCCGGCGUCUUUCGAGGGAAUGAACUCCCUCACUCGCCUGCAGCUUCUCGAGUGCUCCUUAAGUUCGCUGCCCGAAGAUUUCGGGCAGCUGUCCGCGCUGACUGAGCUGCAUUUGAACAAAGUGGCAUGCGAUUUGCCGGGAUCGUUCGUUCAGCUGCGGAAGCUGCGGCGGCUCAUUGUAGAUCGCUGCGCCCCUCCUCUCCCCACCCCCUCCCAUCCCUCUGCCGCCUCCUCAUCCUCAAAAACCCCUCCCUCGCCUCCCUCCCUUCAGGUCUCCACCUCCUCCCCUCCCUGCUCCACCUCGAAAUCCGCGACUGUGUCAACUUCACCAGACUUCCCCCGCACCACUCGCCCUCGCCCUUCCCACCCACCCUGCAAACCCUAA